ACGAGUUCUUUUAAAACUGUUUUCUAUGCACGUGCUUAAAGUGUCAUUCCAGAUUAGCCUGUGGAGUCCGCACAGGCUAAUCAGGUACGACACUUUCCGCAUAUACUGGAUUUUCUUUUUGUAGAGACUUCCUAUAAACGAAAAAAAACCCGGAAAGUGUCCUUCUAGAUUAGUCUGUGCAGUUACCAUAGGCUAAUCUGGGACGACACUUUACGCACAUGCACCAAGCCCAGUCAUCCCACAACGAGGUUCGAAUGUAUGUUUCAGAGAUAGAAACUAUUGAGCUAUGUGACAGAGAGGCCGUCAAAAUGGUCAUGGCAAACGUUUAUCGUCUCGAAGACGACCGUAUUAUGACCACGGGAAAAGGCGACAACUAUGACUUCCGAGUUUCGACACCCUGCACUGGAGCGCCGAUGGAACGUUUUUCUACACAACCAGCGAUAACUUCUGGAAACACAAGGCUCCUGACGUCAUCACGUGGACUAUUCACCAUGGAAACCAACCCACAUCGACGCCUGGGGCUAAACGCAGUCUUCCCUUAUAUUCAACCAAAGCCAACCUGCCUCGUCUUACGAUCAACGCUCCUGAAUACGUCUAAACGGGCUACCAACCGGAAGUGGGAGAUCCCGACACGGGCGAUGAGAUAUUUGAUUAUAGAGUCCCAAAGUAAUGACGAAGGCGAUGCGAUGCGGUGCGAAAACAACCAUUACAUUGAACACACUCAGUGUUAGACAUACUUAUUAUUAGCAACUACAUAAUGUUUUCCGCGUUCGGAAUUUAUUUAAUGAUGUCGGAUUA